GAACUCCAGUUGCCAGAGUGGCAGACUACAUCAAUAAUUCACAAAUUUGCCAGCAAAUAGCUCCACUGACCUAAUUACACAGACAACAGGCCAGUCUGGUCUAUGCAGGUUAGGUUACAUUCUAUCGUGUAUAUUUCUUUGAAAUGGUAAAUGAAUAGUUCACUGAAAUAGUGUGAAGUUUAAUUACACCCUGUUUUAAUUUUAAUUAAGGAUAUAUAGGUGUAUGUUCUUUAACCUCUUUAACUUUCACAUCAUGUUUUGCUAAAAUACUUGAUCAACUGAUAUGUGAUAGAUUUUUAUUGUGUGCGUGCUAAUCUGUAUGUAAGAGAGAUUAAGGACUACUUAUACCCCUCUCUUACUCCAGUUUUCAAAGCAGGGGGUUGCUGACUUGUAUGUGCAUGUUGCAAUAAUUUAAAACUUUACUUUGAAAAAGACCACCCAUUCAUGUGAUGUCACCACAGAGUCUAUUACAUAAUUAUUGAACAUUUCACAUUUGUAUUCAUUGUCCUUUAAUAUUCUCAUUUCACGGUGACAGUGUCAAAUCACACAUUAGCCUGUAAGACCUGAUGUCUGUUACUGUCUUAUUCUUGUUAAGUCCAUUGUGAAAUUUAAAUCUGAAACUAAAAAUAAAUAAACAGACAUUUUAUUUGGUCAAAUUUUGAGGCAGGAACUUUCAAAAUACAACAGCAACAAACGUGCACUACUAUCUUCCAGCAGAGGGCGGUGUUCCCAUAAAAAUCAUAUUUACAUAUUGCCUUUUGGAACCCUGUUCUCCUUGGUUCUUUCUCCCUUAAUAAUUGAGUGAGACAGCACUACCAGUAUGCUAAUUCCUCAUUAAAUGGAAAAUAAAGUCACUAGGAACUUUAAUAUGAACAGAAAUAUACUAAAGUUUCUUCAGAAAGUUUGACCAUAUAGAGGGAAUAAUCAUAAUAAACACUUUAUCUUGCGUGGGGGGUUUAUGAAUAAUUUGUUCCACCUGGCCGUCACCUGAUGCCACACAGAGAGCAAAGCACAAGCAGACACGCAUGGGAUAGAGUCUCUUUUAUAGGCGCUGUUUCUGGCUGGAACAUUCCACACUCAUCAGACAUUAGGUAGAGAUAUUGACUUUGGGAUGAAUUUCAUAGAUAUCAGUGUAGAUUUGUGGAUAAGAUGCUCGGGGAAUUACUCCUUGCUGCAGCCUGUGUGGGAUAACCUGAGGCUCAACUACACAGACUACAUGAGAUCUCCACUCUUCCCCAUCAUUCUGACCGUGUCCUCCUACUUUGUUCUGUGCAUACCUUUUCUUGCUUGUGACAUCAUGGGGGACAGGUGGGCAUGGGUCCAACAGUUCAAGAUCCAACCCAGCCGACGGCCAACAGCAGCCACGGUUCUGCACUGUUCAGGUGUUACUUUGUACAACCAUGUGUUCCUUGUGCUCCCAGCAUCAGUGGCCCAGUGGGUAUGGAGGCCACCUGUCGACCUUCCGGUCCAGGCUCCACUCCUGAUGGAGUUGAUCGCUGGAGUGAUAGGCAACCUCCUGCUCUUUGACUUCCAGUACUUCAUCUGGCACCUGCUCCAUCACAGGAUCCGCUGGCUCUAUGUCACUUUCCACGCCAUCCAUCAUAAUUAUUCCGCUCCCUUUGCUCUUGCCACGCAGUGUCUCAGUGGCUGGGAGCUGGUCACUGUUGGGUUUUGGACGACCCUGAACCCUGUGAUGCUGCAAAGCCAUUUUCUCACCACGUGGGCCUUCAUGGUGCUGCAUGUCUAUGUUUCUAUAGAGGAUCACUGCGGCUAUGAUUUCCCCUGGUCAACAAACCGUCUGGUUCCGUUUGGCAUCUACGGAGGAUCCAGCAGCCACGAUAUGCACCAUCAGAAACCUAACACCAACUUUGCACCACAUUUCAGCCACUGGGACAAAAUAUUUGGCACACAUGCAGAUGUCAGUACCUCCUCCGAUAGAAAAUAGAAAAUUAAACACUAAUGGAGACCUGCCUUUUUUCAUGUCUGUGUGUUCAUCUAAAUUUUUAUGAAGAGGGAGGAUUUAAAGGGCAAAAUGCUAUAUUUAUUUUCCUUUUCAUGUAAAUUGAGACAAUUUACUGUAACUUUAUUUGAAAAAUAACAUUGUUACAAGGUUAUCUGCAAAUCAGUUGAUAAGGUUUCAUAAAAUAACUGAUGCAUAAUCAAAAGUAAUACCUAAAAUGCCAGGUUCUUUACACUGAAAGUGAUCCUGACCUUUGACCUGUCCUUACAUUACCUUCUCCUUCAUGGAAUUGUCAUGUGAUUGUGUUUUUGAUGCAGACAAAAAUAAACUUGAUCUU